AUGAUACGACACAGUCUAACAGUUGACGUUGAAACAAACAAAUCACCUUUGCAAAAUGGUAAGAAAUUCCUUAUUGUCGCCUUGGCUUUUGUGGCUUGUGCCUAUGCUGAUGUUUCUGAGUUGGGUUACAACUAUCAACAACCAGCUCCCGCUCCAGUGCAACCCGAAAGGACUUAUAUUCCUCCUGCCCCUGUAGUACCUGAACCAGCUCCAGUUGCCCCUGUUAACACUUAUAUUCCACCAGCACCUGUUGCCCCUGAACCAGUUCCAGUUGCUCCUGUAAACACUUAUAUUCCACCAGCACCUGUUGCCCCUAAACCAGCUCCAGUUGCUCCCGUUGUGCAGCCUACAAAUACUUACAUCCCCCCUGCACCCGUUGCCCCUGUUGAAGAAAUUGAACAGACUCCCGUUGAUGGUUAUCGUUACAAAACUGUUCGCCGUGUUGUCUACAGACACCGUGCUUAAGC